CGUCCCUCCGCUUGGGGUCCAACGCCGCCUGCGCUCCGGAGCUGGCUCUGUCGGCGCCGAGAAAUGGACCAAUUUUGACAAGAUGUAGUGCUGCAGUGUGCCUAAUGGGAUAUACUCAGUCAUGGCAUCCGAACUUUGUAAGACGAUCUCUGUGGCAAGGCUGGAAAAGCACAAGAAUUUGUUCUUAAAUUAUAGGAAUCUGCAUCAUUUCCCAUUGGAGUUACUGAAGGAUGAGGGACUACAGUACUUGGAAAGACUCUAUAUGAAAAGGAACUCCCUUACAACCUUGGUACAGUACCUCCACUCAAAUAACAUCGUUGUGGUUCCAGAAGCCAUUGGGUCCCUUGUAAAACUCCAGUGUCUGGAUCUUAGUGACAAUGCCUUAGAAAUCGUUUGCCCAGAAAUUGGUCGUCUGAGAGCUUUACGUCAUCUUCGGUUAGCUAAUAACCAACUGCAAUUCCUACCUCCAGAGGUUGGCGAUUUGAAGGAGCUGCAGACACUAGACAUUUCUACCAAUCGUUUGCUAACUUUACCCGAGAGGCUUCACCUGUGCCUUUCUCUGCAGUACCUCACUGUGGACCGAAAUCGUCUAUGGUGUGUGCCGCGCCAUCUCUGCCAGCUGCCCAGCCUCAAUGAGCUCUCCAUGGCUGGAAACCGUCUUGCAUUUUUGCCACUUGAUUUAGGUCGAUCUCGAGAACUACAAUAUGUGUACGUGGAUAACAACAUUCACCUGAAAGGCUUGCCAUCUUAUCUGUACAAUAAAGUCAUCGGGUGCAGUGGCUGUGGUGCUCCCAUUCAAGUUUCCGAGGUGAAGCUACUUUCCUUCUCAUCAGGGCAGCUAACUGUUUUCCUCCCAGCCGAGGUGAAGGCCAUCGGGACAGAGCAUGAUCACGUCCUGCCUCUGCAAGAGCUGGCCAUGAGAAGUCUGUAUCACACCUACCACAACUUUCUAAAAGAUCUGAACUUUCUGUCUCCCAUCUCACUACCCAGAAGUCUCCUGGAGCUGCUGCACUGCCCCCUGGGGCACUGUCACCGGUGCAGCGAGCCCAUGUUUACCAUCGUCUACCCCAAGCUCUUUCCCUUGAGAGAGACACCGAUGGCAGGGCUGCACCAGGGGAGGACAACUGUUAGUUUUGUGGCUUACUGCUGCUCCACCCAGUGUCUGCAGACUUUUGACCUGCUGAGCUGAUAAACACUCAAGACAAGCGCCUCAGGAGCGCUGCCAGCUUGACACUGCAGCUGCCUGCACGUCGCACACUGUGUGUGGCGGGGGCGUGAGAGUCCAGCCAGGCCAGAACAGGCGCUUCCACCUUGUCCUGUCAAAUGUGGGGGCACUGAGGAACUCUCUGGAAAUGUCAUGAUGGAGCUUCAGAGCUAAAAUGCCUCCACCCUCCCCCCAAGUUGGAAUACAGCCUCCCCCAAAUUAAGG